AUGGACCUGCUGCCGAGGGGAGAUUCGCGGCUGCCUGCGAAAGGACGGGGGAUGCUUUCGGUGGAGUCGACUACAAGCGGCGCCGUUGUCAAGCAAUAUGGCGCUGUAUUCAGACCACCGGAAGUCGAUUCAGAUGAGACCCCUCUGAUAGAUCCCGCCGACUCCACUCCGGAAACGAUGUUCAGCGACCUCACCCAGUUCAUGCAGGACCCGCGCAGCAAGAAGACUGUGAUGUGGCGCUACCCGUUUCUGCGCACCUUCCCGCAACGCGCUGCGCUGCGUACUCUCACCGAUUUCAUGCCCGCCAGCAGGGCUAGAGACUGCCUAAACGUCACCGACGGUUCGAACGUGGACGAUCUGUUGGAUCCCACGUGCCAGGGGUAUUACUGCAAGAGGCACAUCAAGGCGUUUUUCAGGUACCAGCCGGAGUUCAAUUAUAUGCGGAAUGGGACUGAGGUGUUCCCGCGCACGCCGGAGCCGCCGAAACUGCAGUUGCCGUCGGACAUGCCGCCCACGGAGGGAAGCAAGGAGCGCCCUUCGGUGCCGUUGGGGUGGCGAACUUUCGCCGCGCUUGGUCUGUACCACACCGCCACCGGUGUUAGUGACCCGGCAGUCUUGUGGUCGGGGUACCGCUUGACGGACGGCGACCCCAUGGGCCGGCUCGCCAGCGGGCUGUACAACUCUCCGCUGACGUUACGCGUGCUCUCCGGGAGGGAUGCCGUGAUGCCCAACAACAACAUGAUGCAUUCCAAGUACCCUAUCGAACAAGGCGAGCGCUUCCGUGGGAAUAAAGGCGACAUGUCACAUUUGGGGCCAAUGGCGCCUCGCCACCACGAAACUAUCAGUGAGGACCUGUAUCGGCAUCACUUCGCAGAAGACGGCGUAUGGCCUUACAAACACUUCGAAACUGUGUUGAGCGAGAUGGUGCCGUCACAAGCAUUGUGGGCUCGGCUGUCUACGACGUUGCUGCGGUCGACGGCCAAGGUGCUGAGGAUGUACAAGUUGCGGGUGCGUAAAAACUUCAAGCAGGAGGUUUUCUCGGCGCGGCGCACAACUAUCCUGGGGCGGCCUAAACCCCCUAGUGAGGUGCCCGUUGAGACGUCGGUCGGUGUGCUCUACUUCCUGACGGCGCCGACGCUGCACCACGCCGUGGGCCUCGCGUGCUCGGACCCCAUGGCCCGGUGCAACCUGUACCAGCAGCUGCUGCUUUUCGAGGUGGACGAUGUGCUCAAAUACCAGAUAUUCAAGAAGCGCGACCCCAACCGGGAGAACCCUCGGCAGUACGUCGUGUUGGGUUCGUACGACCACCGCGAUGACCACAAGUUGCUCCGGGACAAGAUGAUGCGUUUUGUCGUUCGGUCGAACUGCGUGAACACCCACGUGAUGUUGCACUCCCCGAGGAAGGACGCGAUGGUCGACCUGAGCAUGCCGCUGCAGCAGUUUUUGCCCAUAACCACCCAGCAGCGUGACCGGUUGCUGGACCGGUUGAACAAUGUGAGGGAUGCGUGCAACACGAAGAACAAGUCGCUGCCCAUCGGCGACCUCAGCAUCAUCAACCAGUUCGACUCCGACGAUGCGUUCGACUGGGCAAGGCGUUCGCCUUACACGCGCGCCGGCUGCUACGAGAGCCUCUUUGUGGCGAAGGCGUACGAGGUCGGCUUCUACGGCCGUAACUGCCACUACGUCGCGCCGCUGCCCAUGGGGAGUUCUUUGAUGCCGGUGAAGCAGGAGUACGCCAUCAUCGAGCGCGACCCGGUGGACGUGUUGCGCGACCGCAUGUCGGACGGUUGGGGUCACGUGUUGGCCCUGCCUAAAGUCAUACCUCGGUCGUCGGAACUCUAUCGUGAAUUGGCCGCGGGGGAAUCCGUUGGCGUGGAGAAUGUUCGUGAUGAGCAUUCUGAGCAACGAGUGGAUGGUGCCACCGAGUCGACACCUCCAGAGUCCGGGGACGCUGGGACCGACCCUGCACAGCAAUCUUGGCCAGGCCGGCUGCGCAUUACCAUACGACGAACGGUGUCUGAAUGCUUCAAAGCACCCAACAUCUCCUCCAAGCAUAUAGCCUCAACCAGGCCCAUUGUGGAAGAUAAGGCUAAACUCGGUGACGUGCCGUUUGAGCGUGACGGGUCACUUGCUGUUGAGAUGCCCCCACCUCGAGUAGAAGAUACCGAAGGCGCCUCCCGAAGCCAAGAUAAACUAAAUGGGCCUUUGGAAUCGCAGAUGGGCGGCAUAACUAGAGGUCGUAUGUAUGUCGUUGGCCGCCCUGGUAAACAAGAGGUGCCGGGGUCCGUCCAGAUGCUGCCAGGUGUGCUGCUAUCAACUGAUGCGGUCGGCAAGCUGCUGUCCGAAAACGCCCCCGUGGAGCUGGACACCCCGUUCUUCGCUGACCUGCUUAAGGACUACGUGUACGUCUCCCUGCCCGCCGGCGACUUCUUCGAGUGCCCGCCCGGUGACGACAACGUGAAGUACAACGAGAGGGGGGAGGAGAGCAUGAUCCAAACGGGCGUUGGGGCGGAAACUACGAACAGGCUGCCGAAGAAUAGGCCAGAGGCCAUCGCCGGAUUCUGGAUCAAGAAAAGCGAGUGCUACCUCAUGUACAAAAACGACGAGGAGCGGUGCAUGCUCCUGGGAAAGGCGCCCAGCAGGCUAGACCGGCGACGCACCCUCAGUCAGGACAUGAUAAAGCGCGGGCUCAUCAGGAACGAGGUUAUACUGGACUACAUCAGGAAGGGGGCGGGGCUCACAUGGCCCGACCUCAGCAACGCAUACAGCAGGCGGGAGGGCAAGCUCGUGAGCCAUCUGAGUCCGACUGAGGAGAUGAAAACGAUGUGGACUGUGGACCCGCUCAACAAACCCUACGCGCGCUACUCGGCCGAUGAUGAGGUGCCUGCUGCGCGGUUCUACUUAAAGCCCGUGGAGUACGCGGAGGAUGACCCCAGGCAACGUAUGCGUCGCUACCCACAAGAACUUUAUAAGAUGGCUUUCGAGUUCAUGCAGAAAGUAGAUCGUGGAGAGGCGAAGCCCGAAGACGACCCUCUGAAGGCCCUGGUGGAAGCGGAGUACGUGCUUCCCAAGGAUAGCAACGACAGCAUCUGCACUUGGGAGGAAGCCGAGCUCGAAGAGGCGAAAAACGCCCCGGUGCAGGGGACGUCUACGGCGUGA